GCCUGUAAAAUGAAUCUCUGUGAGAAGAGAGAGGAGGAGGAGGAUGUUCACACACAUGAAGCAGCAUCUCCAGAACUCAGCUGUGUGUCUGUGAAGAGUGAUGAGUCCAUUGAAAAACCCCCUGAUCUCAAUGAUGGAGCAGUGACCUCAGACUCUGAAGUGAAGAGUGAUGAUGUGAUCAGAUCAGUGAUGUUUUAUCUGACAUGCUUUGUCUCCUACUUGAAAGAUCAACAUAAAACCAGCAUGAAGAACAAGUAUGAGAGAUUGUUUGAGGGAAUCACAGUAGAAGAUAAUCAAACCCUCCUGAACUGGAUCUACACACAGCUCUACAUCAUAGAGGGAGAGAGUGAAGGGGUGAAUGAAGAACAUGAGGUUUUACAGAUGGAGAAAACAACCAGAACACAAGACACUCCAAUCUACUGCAAUGACAUCUUUAAACCCUUACAUGAACCAGGAUGUGAGGAGAAAGACAAAAUCAAGACUGUUCUUACGAAAGGCAUCACUGGAAUUGGAAAAACUGUCUCUGUGCAGAAGUUCAUUCUGGACUGGACAGAGGGAAAAGCCCAUCAGGAUGUAGAUUUCAUGUUUGUGCUUCCAUUUCGAGAGCUAAACUUGAUUAAAGAAGACCAGUACAGUCUUCACAGACUUCUGCUGGACUUUCAUCCUGAACUUCAAGAUCUGGACUCAAAGGUUUAUGAAGAGAUUAAAGUUGUGUUCAUCUUUGAUGGUCUGGAUGAAAGCAGAAUUACACUGAUGUUUUCAGACAUUGAGAAAGUUUGUGAUGUGAAUGAGUCUUCAUCAGUGAGUGUGUUGAUGUCAAACCUCAUCAGAGGAGAGCUGCUUCCCUCUGCUCUCAUCUGGAUCACCUCCAGACCAGCAGCAGCCAAUCAGAUCCCCUCAAAAUUCAUCAACCGUGUGACAGAAAUUCAGGGAUUCAAUGAGCCUCAGAAGCAGGAAUAUUUCAGGAAGAGAAUCAGUGACGAGCAUCAAGCCAGCAGAAUCAUCUCACACAUUAGAAGAUCAAGAAACCUCAACAUCAUGUGUCACAUACCUGUCUUCUGCUGGAUCUCAGUCUCUGUGCUUCAAAACCUCCUGAAACAUCACAGUGCAGAAAUCCCUCAAACUCUGACUGAAAUGUACAUCCACUUCCUGCUGACUCAGAUCAACAUAAGGAAUCAGAAGUAUGAUGAGAGAAAUCCAGAGAAACUCCUAAAGUCCAACAGAAGAGUGAUUGUGAAACUUGCUGAAUUGGCUUUCAGUCAGCUGAUGAAGGGCAAUGUGAUGUUCUAUGAGGAGGACCUGAUUGAGAGCGGCAUAUACAUCACUGAUGCCUCAGUGUAUUCUGGAAUCUUUAAAGAGGAAUCUGUAAUUCAUCAGAGGAAAGUUUACAGCUUCAUACAUCUGAGCUUUCAACAGUUUCUAGCUGCAUUUUUUGUGUUUUACUCAAAUGUUGUCAAAAAUAGGGAAUCACUGCAGUUGUUCCUGGAUGGAUGUAACUGGAACAUCUGGGAAUGCGGAUGUGAGGAGAAAGACCAAAUCAAGACUGUUCUUACGAAAGGCAUCACUGGAAUUGGAAAAACUGUCUCUGUGCAGAAGUUCAUUCUGGACUGGACCGAGGGAAAAGCCCAUCAGGAUGUAGAUUUCAUGUUUGUGCUUCCAUUUCGAGAGCUAAACUUGAUUAAAGAAGACCAGUACAGUCUUCACAGACUUCUGCUGGACUUUCAUCCUGAACUUCAAGAUCUGGACUCAAAGGUUUAUGAAGAGAUUAAAGUUGUGUUCAUCUUUGAUGGUCUGGAUGAAAGCAGAAUUACACUGAUGUUUUCAGACAUUGAGAAAGGAUUCAAUGAGCCUCAGAAGCAGGAAUAUUUCAGGAAGAGAAUCAGUGACGAGCAUCAAGCCAGCAGAAUCAUCUCACACAUUAGAAGAUCAAGAAACCUCAACAUCAUGUGUCACAUACCUGUCUUCUGCUGGAUCUCAGUCUCUGUGCUUCAAAACCUCCUGAAACAUCACAGUGCAGAAAUCCCUCAAACUCUGACUGAAAUGUACAUCCACUUCCUGCUGACUCAGAUCAACAUGGAUCAGACUCUGUACAGAGAGCUUCAGGAGUUUGUGAAAUCAGAGAAUCGCUCAGUGAAUAAACUCUCGACGUCUCACUGCUCAACGAUAGCCUACAUGCUUCAGAUAUCAGAGGAGGUGCUGGAUGAGUUUGAUCUGAAGAAAUACAACACAUCAGAUGAGGGUAGAAGGAGACUGAUACCAGCUGUGGUGAACUGCAGAAAAGCUCUUCAGCUGAUGAAGGGCAAUGUGAUGUUCUAUGAGGAGGACCUGAUUGAGAGCGGCAUAUACAUCACUGAUGCCUCAGUGUAUUCUGGAAUCUUUAAAGAGGAAUCUUUGUUCCUGGAUGGAUGUAACUGGAACAUCUGGGAAUGCGGUCUUCUGCAUGAGAUACUAAAAGCAGCAGUUAAUAAAUCAUUGCAUAGCAAAAAUGGACACUUGGAUCUUUUCUUGCAGUUCCUGUUUGGCGUCUCACUGGAGUCCAACCAGAGACUCUUACAGGAUCUACUGACUCACACAGUGAACAGCUCAGAGACCAUCAAGAAAGUCACACAGUACAUUAUUAAAGACAAAAUCAAGGGUAAUGAAUGUCUCUCAGCUGACAGAUGCAAUAAUAUGUUCCUCUGUCUGCUGGAAAUGAAGGAUCAGACUCUGUACAGAGAGCUUCAGGAGUUUGUGAAAUCAGAGAAUCGCUCAGUGAAUAAACUCUCGACGUCUCACUGCUCAACGAUAGCCUACAUGCUUCAGAUAUCAGAGGAGGUGCUGGAUGAGUUUGAUCUGAAGAAAUACAACACAUCAGAUGAGGGUAGAAGGAGACUGAUACCAGCUGUGGUGAACUGCAGAAAAGCUCUAUUAUCUCGCUGUAUGGUGACAGAGGAAGGCUGUUGUUUUCUGGCUUCAGCUCUGAGUUCAAACCCCUCACACCUGAGAGAGCUGGAUCUGAGCUACAAUCACCCAGGACAAAUAUUAGACAAGCUGCUCUCUGAUCCAAACUACAGACUGGACAAACUCAAUGUGGAUCAUGGAGGAGCGUUCAGGAUUACAGAAGGACCACAGAAAUAUGCAUGUGAUCUCACACUGGAUUUAAACACAGCAAACACUCUUCUCACUCUGUCUGAGAUGAACAGAAAAGUGACACGUGUGAGAGAGAAGCAGCCGUACCCUGAUCAUCCAGAGAGAUUUGAUGAAUGGUGUCAGGUUCUGAGUCGAGAGAGUCUGACUGGACGCUGUUACUGGGAGGCUGAAUGGAAUGCAUGUGAUCUCACACUGGAUUUAAACACAGCAAACACUCUUCUCACUCUGUCUGAGAUGAACAGAAAAGUGACACGUGUGAGAGAGAAGCAGCCGUACCCUGAUCAUCCAGAGAGAUUUGAUGAAUGGUGUCAGGUUCUGAGUCGAGAGAGUCUGACUGGACGCUGUUACUGGGAGGCUGAAUGGACAUGCUAUCUUGAAUGUUUGUGUGUUCGUAGAUUAUCUCGCUGUAUGGUGACAGAGGAAGGCUGUUGUUUUCUGGCUUCAGCUCUGAGUUCAAACCCCUCACACCUGAGAGAGCUGGAUCUGAGCUACAAUCACCCAGGACAAAUAUUAGACAAGCUGCUCUCUGAUCCAAACUACAGACUGGGCAAACUCAAUGUGGAUCAUGGAGGAGCGUUCAGGAUUACAGAAGGACCACAGAAAUAUGCAUGUGAUCUCACACUGGAUUUAAACACAGCAAACACUCUUCUCACUCUGUCUGAGAUGAACAGAAAAGUGACACGUGUGAGAGAGAAGCAGCCGUACCCUGAUCAUCCAGAGAGAUUUGAUGAAUGGUGUCAGGUUCUGAGUCGAGAGAGUCUGACUGGACGCUGUUACUGGGAGGCUGAAUGGAGUGAAAGGGCAGAUAUAUCAGUGUCAUAUAAAGGAAUCAGUAGGAAAGUAUGGUGUACUGACAGUUUGCUUGGAUACAAUGAAAAGUCUUGGAGUCUGAAUUGUUUUGAUAACAAAUUUAUUGUGAGACACAAUAAGUAUAGAAAAGUCAUACCUGUCCCUUCAAGUCACUCUAACAGAGUAGGAGUGUAUCUGGACUGGUCAGCCGGCUGUCUGUCCUUCUACAGCGUCUCUUAUUCACACACACUCACACACUUACACACAUUCAACACCACAUUCACUGAACCCCUCUACGCUGGAUUUGGGGUUUAUCCUAAUAGGUCAGUGUGUCUGUGUUAG